AUGGAGGUUAAAGAAGAAAUUAAAGAUCAGCUUGGGUAUUGUAAGUGGUUCAAUGUUGUAAAAGGUUAUGGCUUUAUAACGCCGGAUUCUGGCAAAGAGGACAUCUUUGUGCAUCAGGCUAGCUCUUCUUAUAAGUUUUUGCUUACAUUACAAUUUCAGUCGAUGAUUUGUAUGGAUGGAUUCAGAAGUUUAGAGAAUGGCGAAAGAGUGAAAUUUGAUAUUAAAAAAAGAAAUCAUGGCUAUGAGGCGAUAAAUGUUCGAAGCGAGGACGAAGAAGUACCGCUUAGAGGAAGUACGAUACACCCACGUAGUAAAAAUAAAACAAAAAUGAUUAGAUGCUUCAAAUGUGGCCUAUACGGAAGUCAUGUCGCCGCCAAUUGUAGGAAUUUAGAAGGUAACUCUGAAAUAAAGUUCUGCUACCGUUGUCAUUUGGCAGGCCAUUUGAUGAAUAACUGCCCACAGAAAUCACAGCAAUCCUGA